AUGCUAUAAGAAUAUUAUAAUCGAAAAGUGCUGUUUAUAACUGGAUGUACUGGUAAAUAGGUAAUUGAUAUAUAUUAGGAUUUGUGGGCAAAGUAUUAUUAGAAAAGACCUUGCGUUGUUUACCAAAUGUUGAAUGUAUUUAUGUUCUGAUCAGACAAAAGAAAGGUAGUAGUUUAAUGGAAAGGUUUAAACGAGAAAUUUUGGAUUCAUAAGUAAGGAUAUGAUUAUGAGUUAGUGUUUUGAUCGAUUAAGAUAGAUUUAUGGUGGAGGUUUUGAAAAAUUUAUAAUUGAGAAAAUUAUUCCUAUUGAAGGAGAUAUGUUAAAAGAAGGCUUAGGAAUGGCUGAACAUGAUAAAAACAUUAUAAUUAAUAAUGUCAAUGUAAGCAAAUAAUUAAUCAUUAGAUAAUAAUUAACUGUGCUGCAAGUGUGGAUUUUAAUGCAAGAUUAGAUGAUGCUAUAUAAAUUAAUGUAAGAGGACCUCAAAGAUUUAUAGCAUUAGCAUAAUAAAUUAAAAAUUUAGAAAACUUUAUUCAUAUCUCAACAGCAUAUGUAAAUUCAGAUAAGGCUGGUUAUAUAGAAGAGAAAAUAUAUGAUCCUAAUUAAGAGAAUUUGGAACAAUUAGUAUCUCAAUUAUUAAAGACUCCUGUAAGUAUAUUGGAGAAAAAUGUAAAAGAUAUUAUUGGAGAUUUUCCUAAUACUUAUACUUUUACAAAAUGUAUAGCUGAAAAACUUUUAGUUUAAAACAGAGCUCCUAAUUUUCCACUUACUUUUGUUAGACCAUCUAUUGUUGGAGCAUCAUGGAAAGAUCCUACACCUGGUUGGAUUGAUAGUUUAGUAGCUAGCAGUGCCAUAUUCUUCUUUGUUGGUUUAGGAUUAAUAAAAACAUUAAAUGGUGAUGAAUGUUUAAUUGGAGAUUAAGUACCUGUAGAUUAUGUAGCUGAUUUUAUUUUAGCAACAGGUGCAUAUCAAAAUGGUAGAAAAGAAGUAAGUGUCUAUCAUUGUUGUUCUUCUGCUAAAAAUCCAAUGACAUGGUAAUUAGCUAAAGAAGUUAAUGCAUUAUUUUGGACAAAAUCUCCAAGUUCUCAAUAAUUUUCAAAACCCAAUUUAACAUUCUAUAAAAAUGAAAAAAUAUAUAAAAUAAUGUCUAAAGUUAAAAAUGCUCCUGCUUUACUUUAUUAUUAAGUUGCAAAUAAGAUUGGAAAUAAGGAAAUGAAGAUUUAAGCAAAAAGAUUAAGAAAGAUUAUAGAUAGAGCUGAAUCGAUUAAUGACACUUUCAAACCAUUCGUUAUAAAUGAAUGGAUUUUUGAUAGUUCCAAUAGUAAUGUACUUAUAAAAUUCUUAAGUGAAUCUGAUAAGCUAAAUUUUAAUAUAGAUAUUGAACAAUUAAAUUGGAGAUAAUAUUUAGAAAGGUUUAAUUGGGGAAUUCAAAAAUAUAUCUUAAAAGAUUAAACAAGAGAAUUAAAUGAAUAGAGUACUGAUGUACUCAGUUAAAGAAAUCAAUAGUCUUAUUUUAGUGAUAUCGAAUGGUGUCUUAGUCAUGGCUAAGAUUUCAAAACAAAAACUACAAAAGAACAAAUAAGUCUAGUGAUGAAUUCUCAAAGAGUAUAAUCAGUUAUCAAAUAAUUAGUUGAAGAAAAAUCUAAAAAAUAUCAAUAAACUACACUUAAUCUUGAGAAAUUGCAUUAGAAUAUUGAAAAAUAAGGUAUUGAUAUUUGUGAAGUAAUGUUUGCCAAUUAUAAUAUGAGAAUAAUUAGAAUAUUUGGAUGGUUUAUAACCAAAGUCUUUAGAUAAAUAUAUGAAAAAGUUUAAAUAAAUGAACCAGCCUUAUUAGAAUUGUAGAAUUAUGAUUAGAAAACUAGAGGUCCCUUAAUUUUUAUGCCAACUCAUAGAUCCUAUAUAGAUUUUAUAAUGGUAUUUGAUAUCUUUUUAUUUUAGUGUUCUUAUGUCUUUUUCUCAUAUAAGAUCAAAUGUCCACAUAUAGCAGCUGCAGAGGAUUUUUUAUCAAUGGCUUUAAUUCCAACAAUUUUAAGAGCUUCUGGUGCUUUCUUUUUAAAGAGAAAAUAAUUAGAAGAUAAUAUAUUAUAUAAAGCUAUCUUUUAUGAAUAUGUUUAAAGAAUCUUAAUUGAAGAAUGUUAUCUAGAAUUCUUUAUUGAAGGUACUAGAUCUAGAACAGGUAAGACUUUAAAUCCAAAAUUUGGAUUAUUAAAUAUUGUGUGUGAUGCUGUUUUUGAUAAAAAGAUACAUGAUGCCACAAUAUUACCAAUUACAAUAAAUUAUGAAAAAGUAUUAGAGGCUGACACAUAUCCAUAUGAACUAUUGGGAGAAGAGAAGGUUAAAGAAUCCUUACUUAGAGUUAUUAAGGCUAUUAAAAUAUUAUCAUCAAAUUUUGGUAGAAUACAUGUUGGAUUUGGAAAAAUGAUAUCAGUUAAAGAGUGGUCAAAAUAAUAAGGUUUAGAUUCCUUUGAGAAUAUUAGAGAUCGUAAAAAAGGAGUUGAAACAUUGGGUUAUGAAGUAGCUUACUAAUUAAUUGAAGAAAUGGUUGUAAUGCCUACAGGAAUAGUUUCAACUUUAUUAUUAAUGAAUAGAAGAGGUAUUACAGAAGAUUAAUUGAUAAAAAGAUUUGAAUGGGUAUUGAGACAAAUUACAAAAAGAGGAGCCAAAACUUCAAUUACUAAUAAUGGUUAAAGUGAUGUAGCUGUGAGAAAUUCAAUUGGAUUCUUAUAAGAUUUGGUAGAUAAAAAGAAGAAAAAUGUAUUUGAAUUGACAUUAAUACCAAAAUAAGAAUAUAAGAGCAUUCUAUUAUUAAGUUAUUAUAGAAAUCAAUUAGCUCAUAUAUUCUUUAGUGAAGGAAUAGUUUGUUGUGCUUUAAAUGGAUUUGGACAUUUGUUAUCUCAUAAGGAAGGAGUAAGUAUAGAAAGAUUAUGGGAAGAGAGUGAUUUCUUGUUGAAAUUAUUAAAAAGAGAAUAUGUUAUAAGAAAUAGAAUUACAUCUAAAGAAUAAAUGACAAAUUUCAUUUAAUAAAUGAUAGACAAGAAUGUUUUAGAAAAGGUUUAAGAAAAGAUUAGAGUUAAUUAACAAUUUGGUGAAUAGGCAUCUUAAUUUACAUGUUCAAUUAUAUGGCCUUUAGUAGAAUGUUAUUGGGCAACAAUUGUUUAUUUAUAUUAAUUAAAAAGAGUAAGUGAUACAAACACUACAUUUGAAUUAUCUGAAUUAAUAACUUAAAUACAAGGAUUUGCUGAAUAAAUGUAUGGAGAACAUAUAAUGGAACAUUAUGAAAGUUGUUCUAUAGAAACUAUUAAGAAUGCUAUAAACACUUAUUAAACUAUGAGAUGUAUCAAUAUUAGUAAAAAGGAUGAUUCUGAUUAAGUAAGUAUUGUAUUUACUGAUCAAGAAGUAAUUUUAUUACUAUAAAUUAGUUAUUGGAAGUUGAAGCUUAAGUUAAAAAGUAUUUAAAGAAUAAUUAUUCUAAAUCAAUAUAAAACCCUAUAGAUAUUGCUAGAUCUUUGUUAGAUUAUACCAUUAUACCCAAAUUAUGA